AUGUCACAAACACCCAAGUACCUGACGGGUGAUUCAGCCGCUAUCAAUGAGUUUCUCGAUAAGUUUGACGUUUUCCUACUCGAUUGCGAUGGAGUCUUAUGGUCUGGGGACAAUGUCUUCGAAGGCAUCGUCGAGACACUGGAGAUGUUGAGAUCUAGGGGAAAACGGAUUGUAUUCGUCACCAAUAAUUCUACAAAGGACCGACCGGGCUACCAACAGAAGUUGACGGGCUUAGGUAUCCCUAGUAAUGUCGAGGAGAUAUUCGGCUCGUCUUACUCAGCCGCAGUAUAUAUCUCACGUAUAUUGAAGCUACCGGCACCUAAGAACAAGGUCUUCAUCAUCGGUGAGAGCGGCAUGGAGUCCGAGCUACGUACCGAGGGUGUACCCUUCAUCGGUGGCACAGACCCAGCCUUAAGACGAGACAUUACGCCUGAGGACUUUAAGGGGCUAGCCGACGGCUCUCUAUUGGAUCCGGAUGUCGGUAUUGUACUUGCCGGGCUGGAUUUCCACAUUAACUAUCUCAAGCUAUCAAUGGCCUACCAGUAUAUACGACGAGGUGCUAAAUUCAUCGCGACAAACCUCGACAACUUACUACCUAUGGGCGACACCUUCUUCCCCGGCGCCGGGUCUAUCUCCAUCCCACUGGUUAACAUGACCGGGCAGACACCAUUGACCUUGGGGAAGCCUAGUCAGGCUAUGAUGGAUGCGAUUGAAGGGAAGUUCCAGUUGGACCGGGCGCGGACUUGCAUGGUCGGGGAUAGGUUGAAUACCGAUAUCCAAUUCGGUGUUGAGGGUAAACUAGGCGGGACUCUACAUGUGCUCACUGGUGUUCACAAGCGGGAAGAUUGGGAGGCUGAGAAUGCCGUGGCCGUCCCCGCCUACUAUGCUGAUAAGCUGAGCGAUCUCCGGGGUACGACGUCAUGA